AUGACAUCUUCGGGCAUUCAGAUUCUUGAUAAUUUUAUUUCAAAAACUCGACAAGGUUCAAAUUCACAAUAUUUAGAAUGGAUACCUUAUAAUCAAUUUGAAGAUGUAAAAUCUAUCUCGCAAAAUGAAAUUUUAAAUGUUCGCACAGCAAAAUGGAAAGUAGGACCGAUUAAUAUACGAGAAAAUGGAAGAAGAAAUGGCCCUAUAAUCGUUGUGCUUAAAACAUUAUUUGAUUGGAAAAAAAGUAAAUCGGAAUUAUCUACUACCAUCUUAAACCAAUCUCCCGAUAAAUUCCUGCCAAUUUAUGGAAUUACAAAAGAUCCUUCGAAAAAUGAAUUUAUUUCCGUUAUAAAAUAUGCAGAAAAGGGCGAUUUACAUGAUUACCUUGACAGUAAAUUUCCUUUACUGGGUUGGGAUAAAAAACUUUCAAUUCUUUCCUCGUUUCUUCAAGAUCUAAAAACAAUUCAUGAACUAGGGUUAAUUCAUAAAGAUAUUCAUAGCAAAAACAUCCUUCUCUCAAGCAGAGAUUCUUCUCAAAAAGAUCACCCGAACGGACAAGGUUAG